AAUUAAGCUUCACAGACGAAACGUUUUAGAUAGCCCUCGUUUCCCUGGCGGAAAGGAUUCUCCUAGCACAACGAUGAUCAAGCUUUUUUGUUUAUUCUUAGUUCUGCUGGUUGUAGCUGCUGUCACAGCCGACCAAAAAUGCAGCGGAUCCCCAAGAAAAUUUCGCAAUAAGCCCUGCGCCUCUACCACUCGCUACACCGACAAAACAAAGGGUGCCUGCGGGUGCGGUACGGGAACCGGAUCAGGCACCGGAUUCUCGUGGAACCUGAACGGCUUCACCACCGCUCCGAAUGAGGCUUUCUAUAACGAUGAAAGCCCCGGUCCAUUAUGGUGUGGUAGAAAAUGUGGAAGGUGUUUCAGGCUCACUCCUACUGGUGGUUUUGUACCUGGCCAGGGUGGUCCCCCUCCCAAUGAUAAACCCGUAGUGGUGAUGGUGACCAAUGUUUGUCCUAGGCAAGGGAACAUGCAGUGGUGCGGACAGACACCCGGGGGUGGCACCAACCAGUACGGCUACGCCACCCACUUUGAUAUAGAAGACCUUGGUGGACAACUCAGAAGAAUUGGCUGGAAUAACCCCGAGGUGACCUGGGAGGAGGCCGACUGCGCUCAGGCUCACAGGCAAAACGGCGAAACCCCCGGGCCAGACCAAUACAAGCAGUGCCAGUGCCACAAGUACAGCAAUAUCACCAUUAUUAGCCCACCUUGAAAACUUUCGAUUGUGAGGACAUUUUGCGCAUUCUGUAACAGUGAAAUGUGUCCAGACAUUCGCGAAUUUUUUUGGUUUAAACUGGAAUGUUUAACUAUGAAAUGGCGACGGCAGGGCAGGUGUAAGAAAACGAAAGUAAGAGAGGGUGCACCUUAUAUUUGCCUUAUCAUUAUUUCUCGGCAUCAGUUUUUUUAAUCAAGACCGAUUCUGUCGUAUUUGUUCUUCUUAAUAAAUAAAGAUAAUAGUUA